GCUGGAGGCUCCCGCCCCAGGACCGGGCCGGGCUCAGUACUUACCGCCCGGGCGUGACUAGGGCUCUCUCCGCCAGGGGUGCCGGGGCGGCCCGGCGGGGAGGGGAGGGGCAGUGACCGCCCCUCGCUCGGGCUUACGGGAAGUGAUGUCGCCUUGACGGAAAACACACGCUCGCUGCCUAAAAAAGGGCAGGGGCCAGAGGGACUCGGUGCUGGCCGGAGGAGAGCUGGGAGCUGCCGCUAGAUGAAAACCAACUUUCUUUGCAUGGAUGUGGUGUUCAAGAGAUCCAAACUGCAUCAGCACUGGGAAACUUGUAAUUAAAGUAGAUCUGGAAAACUACAGAUCUAUUUCCUGUUAAUCCCAGACUUAAUCAGCUGUACUAAAUCCUCAAGUCCUGGAGGUGAAAGUGAAGUUAAGACUCUAUAAAUGCAGUAUAUGGUGUUAUGUAGACUGUUCUGCUCUAUCUUUUGUGGUCUACAAAGAUCUCACUAUGUCUGAUGGAGACUACGAUUACCUCAUCAAAUUCCUAGCACUCGGUGACUCGGGAGUAGGAAAAACCAGCAUCCUUUACCAGUACACAGAUGGCAAAUUUAAUUCCAGAUUUAUCACGACAGUGGGGAUUGACUUUCGGGAAAAGAGAGUGGUGUACAGAUCCAAUGGGCCAGAUGGCAUUAGCGGCAGAGGACAGAGGAUACAUCUGCAACUGUGGGACACUGCAGGACAGGAAAGGUUUCGUAGCUUGACAACAGCUUUCUUCAGAGAUGCUAUGGGUUUUCUUCUCCUCUUCGAUCUGACAAAUGAGCAAAGCUUUCUCAAUGUCAGAAACUGGAUAAGCCAGCUACAAAUGCAUGCGUAUUGUGAAAACCCUGAUAUUGUAUUAUGUGGAAACAAAAGUGAUAUGGAAGACCAGAGAAUGGUGAAAGAAGAGGAGGCAAAGGAACUUGCAGAAAAAUAUGGG